AUGAGCAAUGCUCCCGAUCUUCGAUACGUGCGAUAUGACGCCUCGCGCGAAAAUGAAUACGUCGCCGCCAUGCGCCAGCUGAUUUCCAAAGAUCUCUCCGAACCGUACAGCAUCUACGUCUACCGCUACUUCCUGUACCAAUGGGGCGACCUGUGCUUCCUCGCGAUGGACGAUAAGGAUGAGAUGGUUGGGGUCGUGGUGUCGAAGUUGGAACCACACCGUGGCGGUCCAUUGAGGGGGUAUAUCGCCAUGCUGGCCGUGCGCGAGGAGUACCGGGGUCGGGGAAUCGCGACCAAGCUUGUGCGCAUGGCUAUCGAUGCUAUGAUUGAGCGUGAUGCAGACGAGAUCGUCCUGGAAACUGAAAUCACCAAUACCGGCGCGAUGAAGUUGUACGAGCGACUGGGCUUCCUUCGUAGCAAACAGCUCCACCGAUACUAUCUGAAUGGCAAUUCAGCCUACCGGCUUGUGCUUUAUCUUAAAGAAGGUGUGGGCGCCAUUCGAACGGCUCCGGUUGAUCCCUACGGUCCUCCGUCAGGUUUCGGGAUACCCGACGGGUGUGUGGAACACUCUCAUGCCAAUAUGGGGUCGUUGAUGUGA